AUAACUAAGUUCAAGGAGCAAUUUAAUUUCCACACAGUGGAAAUGCUUAGUAGCAUAAUUUACGAUUCAACUUAUGUAUAAUCUAACUCACCCGUGUACUGACGUGUUUUUUGGUUGUAUUGUAAAAACAUGAAUAACUUAGAAGCAGCACUUUCACAAUCCUUCGAGAAAAUACCAGUAUUUCCAAUAAUUGUUGGAGUCGGUUCUGUUGUUGUAAUAGCAACAGUUGUAGCUCAUUGUGUUUGGGGUAAAAAAUCCAAGCCCACUAAAAGUAAAAAACUUGUGGCUCUAGUGGACCCUAAUGUCAAAUAUCCAUUACCUCUUAUUGAACGGGAAGUCAUCAGUCAUGACACAAGACGGUUUCGGUUUGGACUACCUACUCCAGAACAUGUUCUCGGAUUGCCGAUAGGCCAACACAUUCAUUUGUCAGUUAAGAUAGAGGAUGACCUCAUUAUCAGAGCGUACACUCCAGUAUCCAGCGAUGAAGAGAAAGGUUAUGUUGAUUUGGUUGUCAAGGUUUACUUCAAGAAUGUUCACCCCAAGUUCCCCGAUGGCGGUAAAAUGUCUCAGCACCUGGAGAACAUGAAGCUCGGAGACACGAUAGACGUGCGGGGCCCGUCGGGCCGCCUGCAGUACGCGGGGAGCGGAGCCUUCCUCAUCAAGAAGCUCAGGAAAGACCCGCCCGUCACGAUUGCCACGAAGAAGUUAAACAUGAUUGCAGGUGGGACGGGCAUCACGCCGAUGCUGCAGCUCGUGCGACACAUCUGCUCCGACGCCAGCGAUCGCACCGAGAUGAGGCUCCUGUUCGCGAACCAGACCGAGCAGGACAUCCUGCUCAGAGACGAGCUGGAGAAGUAUCAGAGGGAGCACCCCGAGCAGUUCAAGCUCUGGUACACGAUCGACAGGGCCGACGAAGGUUGGAAGUACAGCACUGGCUUCAUCAACGACGACAUGAUCGAGAGCCACCUGUUCCCCCCCGGCGAUGACGUCAUCGUGCUGAUGUGCGGGCCUCCCCCCAUGAUCAACUUCGCGUGUGUCCCGGCCCUGGAGAAGCUCGGCUACGCGGAGAACCUUCGCUUUGCGUACUAGUUGUCGGACUAUAUCUAAUUUGUUGCACAAUAAAUACGUUUAAGUGCCUUCGAUUGAUAUAGAGGCUACACGGGCGGUAGUUUUUAAGCAAUAAAUGUUGUAUAACUUUC